GUUCCCUCUCCCCUGUUACUUGAAUUUUAAUUUUUUGUUUCUUCCUUUUCGAUUUUUAAUCUCCAAGUCAAGCCGUCUUGCGAGAGAAGGCAGCGGAUUUGAAAUUACCGUCAUCGCCUGUUCAUUGCCAUCUUCAAGUGCAUGCUGUCGUCGAUCACAAUCCCACUGUCACGCCAUCUUCUUGUCGGCAGCCGCCCGUGUGCUGCUUGUUCUCUAUUGCACCUGUUCAUGGUUGUCUCUGCCAUGGUGUGUUGUUCCUUGUACUUGUGAUCUGUCAAUGCUUGUGUUGAUUGUACCAGCAGAUCUUGAACCGAGUUUUAUGUGAAAAGUUUGGUGUUUGACGAGGAUCAACAUUUACCAGGUUCCUAUUUUAUUUGGAUAUUAUUUUUUUCUUUGGUGGUUUAUUUUUCUGGUCUGUGUUUGGUUUCAUGACUGCUUCCGACAAGACCAGUACCACCGAUGUUGGACGACCCACUGUCAUCCUUCUUAAUGGCCGGAAUUAUAUGCCAUGGAAGCGCGCUGACUGAUCGAGCUCCAACCAAGACAGAUGUCUCCUACACGGUUUGGAAAGCAUCCGACAAUCAAGUACUAAUUUGGUUGUUCAACUCAAUGGAGCCUGACGUUUAUGAACUCUUUGCAUAUUCUGAUACUGCCAAGGAUCUGUGGGAGUCGGUGGCACAACACUUAGGGCAUACACACAACGCCUCUCGCAUUUAUGAGCUCCAACAAGAAAUCCACACGACCCACCAGCUUCCUUCUCAGUCGUUCACUGAAUACCUUGGCCAAUUAAAGAGAAAAUGGGAUGAGCUUCGACAGUAUCGUCCCACAGCAGCGGUAGUGACUGACUAUGUAACCCGAGAAGAGCAAGAUCGGAUAUUUACUCUCCUUGCUGGCAUCCGACCAGAAUAUGAGUCUCUCAAGCGUCAAAUUUUAAUGACAUCUCAUUUUCCCUCCUUCACAUCUGUUUGCAACAUCAUUCAUCAAGAAGAGACACGUUGUCGUGCCAUGAAUCUGAUGUCCCCCGCUACCAGUGAUCGCAUUGACCAUUCUCCACACCACUUGCUUUCUCGGGAGAUUCUGUUACCCAAUGCAAGCAUUUUCUCUUCCUCUGCUUCUAUUUCUACGCCUAUAUGUCAUAUGGGACGUUCAGGUCCUAAAGGGAGAGGGAAAGGGCGUGGUAGCAACAGAUACCACUGUGAUCACUGCAACAAAGAUGGUCACUCCCGUGAACAAUGCUGGCUAUUGCACCCACACCUAAAAAAGGAGCGCAUUAUUGGUGCGAAUAGUACUAUAUCACAAUCACCUUCAGCGGAAUUACCUGACGAUCUCCAAUCUACAUUGGGAAAACUUGUUGUUCAUCUACAGGAAUACCUUAACCUUGGCACCACUGGAAAACCUUCAGAUGCUAGUCACUUUGUCCAUGGUGGUGAUAUUUCAGGAUGCUCGCAUCGGGAGGAAGAUUGGUGAAGGUCCUUGUCAGAAUGGUCUCUACAUACUUCCCACGUCAACCUUGGGCCUUUCAGCAGCUUGUAUGGCGGGGGAAUCCCAACUAUGGCACUGGUGCAUGGGUCACCCCUCUGAUAAGAUUUUGAAUCAUGUUGAUUCUAAAUUUAUCCUUGAUUCAAGCACUUGUGAUACAUGUCGUUUUUCUAAAGUUCAUAGAUUGCCCUUUGGUAGUAGUGAUCAUGUUUCUUCUACUAGUUUUGAACUUGUUCACUCUAAUGUAUGGGGGCCUACCCCAGUUGAC